CUGCGCGUUAUAUAUAAAUUAAAGCCAAAGAACUAUUAUCAGUUCUGUAGACAUUCAGCAGACAUAUAUAACUGGCCAUUAAGCACUGUAAUAUAGAAUUAUUCAAUUUUUAAUUCGCGAAAAUGAAGAGUGGCAUGGCUUUAGUCUUUUUCGGGGCGCUUACAUUGAGCGUCAUGGCAGCAGCUGAGCGCAAAUGUUUUACUUUGACUAAGGUUACCCUACCGGGAGAGAAUUUAGAAAUCACCGGAUGGAAAAACAUUGGCCAAUGCACCUGCCACGAAGCUAAAAGCGGUGCUGAAGCGGUCGGCGCUCCCGGGACGUACAUCCCGGCAUGUGACUCGGAUGGAAAAUACAGUGAGCGGCAAUUCUCCGCAAGUAGCGGACAGUCGUGGUGUGUUGAUAAGGAAACCGGCCAUCAAAUCAAAGCAUUCGUUAAUCCAGGAUCGCCCACUCCCGAUCACUGUUGAAUGGAUUACGCUGCACCUGUAUGGUGUUCCUGUUACCACGAAUCGCGCAAACGUGCUUUGUUUGUCUGAAUGCUGCACGUUGGCGUUGCAAACAAAAUAAAACCUCCAUGAACUAAAUUACACCAUAUAGCGUUAGGUGGGCGCUGCAGCAGAUCAUUUUCAUGAAAUGUGACUGUAAUGAACAAAAUCCGUGCACCAUCUCUUCCUGUACGUCCAGUUCGAGAACUCAUCUCUAAUUUGCUUUAGUUACAGAAGUCAUUUACUACAGGACCAUUCUCUGUGCUGGAAAAUAAAGAAAUUUGCGUGU